CGUGCCAGCUGAGCCGCAGGUCAGAGACCGAGCAGCUUUCUUUGGAGUUUCCAGACCAGUCAGCGAGGAAAAGUUUGCGGACCUGCGGGCGGCUCCUGUCAGCGGCAGCAGCUCCGUGUCUCACCCAGCCUGUGCGGAGGUUUCCUGCGGGUGAGAGGCUGUACAAUCCUCGGCAGUGUUCUGAGACUGUACGGCCCCGAUCCCCUUCAGCCCGGCCGGUCACACUCUGCCUGCUUUCAUGGACUAAGCAACACGUUUAUUGACAUGAUCUAACAGAGGGCGUCUGACCUGCGCACGUCGAUGUGACAAACUUUUUCGACUCUCAAGUUGGACUUAACUCAGACUGUCGGGGAAUUACACCACAGCAGACACCAUGACGGCCGAUAAGGAGAAGAAAAGGAACAGCUCAGAGCGGCGUAAGGAGAAGUCUCGGGACGCAGCUCGCUGCAGGCGCAGCAAAGAGACGGAGGUUUUCUAUGAGCUCGCUCACCAGCUGCCGUUACCCCACAGCGUCAGCUCUCACCUGGACAAGGCCUCCAUCAUGAGGCUGGCUAUCAGCUUCCUGCGCACGCGCAAAGUGCUCGCCACGGGCUGCAGCAGCAACUGUGACAGCGAUGAGGACGGACAGAUGGACAGUCUGUACCUGAAGUCUCUAGAGGGCUUCAUCACCAUGGUAACAUCAGACGGCGACAUGAUAUUCCUGUCCGAGAACAUCAACAAAUUCAUGGGGCUCACGCAGGUGGACCUCACUGGUCACAGCAUCUUUGACUUCACACAUCCGUGUGACCACGAAGAGAUACGAGAAAAUCUCAGCCUGAAGACAUCUGGCAGCGGCUUUGGUAAAAAAGGCAAAGAGCUGAGUACAGAGCGAGAUUUCUUCAUGAGGAUGAAAUGCACGGUGACCAACAGAGGACGCACCGUCAACCUCAAGUCAGCCAGCUGGAAGGUGCUGCAUUGCACCGGUCACCUGAAGAUGUACAACAGCUGCCCUCCACGAGUGCUGUGCGGCUUCAAAGAGCCUCCGCUCACCUGCGCUGUCCUGAUGUGUGAACCCAUCGCACACCCAUCAAACAUCGACAUACCGCUGGACAGCAAGACCUUCCUGAGCAGGCACAGCAUGGACAUGAAGUUCACCUACUGUGACGAGAGGGUAACAGAGUUGAUGGGUUACACUCCUGAGGAUCUGCUGGGUCGUUCAGUCUACGACUUUUACCACGCCCUGGACUCAGACAGCGUCACAAAGAGCCACCACAACUUGUGUUCCAAGGGUCAGGCCGUGAGCAGUCAGUACCGCAUGCUGGCCAAGAACGGAGGCUACGUCUGGGUCGAAACGCAAGGAACUGUUAUUUAUAACAGCCGCAACUCCCAGCCACAGUGCAUCGUGUGCAUAAACUACGUCCUCAGUGACAUUGAGGAGAAGUCGAUGAUUUUCUCCCUGAAGCAGACGGAGUCCCUGUUCAAGCCGCGCCACAUGAGCAGCUUCUUCACUGCUGGAGGUGCAGGCGUGACUGAGCCAGGAGAAGCCCUCUUCACCAAACUCAAAGAGGAGCCGGAGGAUCUCGCCCAGCUGGCUCCGACACCUGGAGACACAAUCAUCAGUCUUGACUUCGAUCGCCCUCAGUUUGAGGAGCCCCAGCAGCCAGCAGGAUACACCCAGGCUUCCUCUGCAGCCAUGCCCCCUCCAGGGCCUCCAUCGUGGGCCAGUGAGAGCCACAAGCCUGCUCAAGCCACAUCAGCUCCAAGAGACAUGACUAACAUGGCUGGUACAUUUACCGUGCAGCAGAACCCGCCGCCCGGCAGCGCCACACCAAGCCUCAGCAGCUGCUCCACGCCCAGCAGCCCAGGUGAUUACUACAGCUCAGUGGAGAACGAACUGAAGGUGGAGCUGACUGAGAAGCUGUUUGCUCUGGACACAGAUGGCAACAACAGUCCUGCAAACGCUGAGAGGGACUUGAGUGACCUUGACCUGGAGACCUUAGCUCCUUACAUCCAGAUGGACGGUGAGGACUUCCAGCUGAAUCCCAUCAUCCCAGAAUCUGAGUCCCUGGAGGGAGGUUCAACAGGAUCCAUGGGGAGCAACAGCAGCCUGUCCCAAACACACCAGGCCAACCCACAGAGCUUCAGCAACAUCGCCAGCCUCUUCCAGCCCCUGUCCUCUCCUCAGCACCAAGGCCACUUCCAACACCAGCAAGCUGCGUCCUGGGGUGCAGGGGAGAAGAGAGGCUCCAACCAGAGGACCUCAGACCCUCGUUUUAUGAGGCAAGUGCACAGUCCUCCCUCAACGGGCUCCAGCUGGCGUUCAUCUGCCCUGGAAGGGUGGCAGAAUCUGCAUUGGCCACCGGACCCUCUGUUAACCUACCAACAACAACAACCACGAGCCACCAAGGCCUGCCUGAUGGACACUUUGUCAGGAGAGGAGCGCCCGUCCUGCCAACAGAACAUGUCACACCUUAUGCAGAAACAGAGGUCCAUUGACAAUUUUGUACAAGUCUACAGGGACAUGAGUCCAGCCAGAGUGGCCAUGGCCAACAGCAUCAAGCGCUCCUUCAACCAGAUGGUUGUGGGUGAAAGCACGCCACCAGAAAUCAUAUGGAAGAAGAUGAGGGGUGACAGUUGCGUGGCCAUGGAUCGCUCCCUCAGUGCGGGAUCACUGGCAGUGUCAGAUAUGGGCAGGAUGAUGCCAGGCAGCAUGACCUCCUGUCUCAGCUCUCUGCAGCAACACAGAAAGUCUCAGUAUCCUGGAAACGGGACAAAUGAGAAGCCCUUUUCUCAAAAGAGCUGCAGCUACACAGAGUAUAACAUGCUGCCUUCCAACAAGAAGGGUGAAGGCAUUGCUAGUCGCUUGCUGGGCCCUUCCUUUGAGGCCACCUUUCUGCCAGAGUUGACCCGUUACGACUGCGAGGUAAACAUCCCGCUACAGGGCAGCCUGCACCUCCUUCAGGGCUGUGACCUGCUGCGAGCCCUGGACCAGGCCACCUAAAGCCCCAGACUCAAAUCUGCCAUUGAACCGGACUUAAUCCCAACCCUAAGCCUCAACCUGCAGCCUGAGACAUAAAGUAGUACUCUCGAAGAUUUUCAUUUCAAUAAGUGUCUGUUAGGUCACUAUCUGUCGCUGAAUGAGGUGGUGGUGACUGAGCCUGUGGCCCAAUGAUGAAAGCCCUUGCUUUUGCAGUAUUACAAACAGGGUGUAUGUGGCAACAUUCCCAGAAGAAUUCACAAGCCGCACAUAGUCAUUAAUAAUCCACUCACAAAUACUCAGAAACAUAAAAACACACACCGUCUCGGCUGUGGUAACCCUUUCAUCUCACCAGCUGCAGAGCUCACAAAACGAGCUGAUAUAGAAUAAUUCACCAGCCUGGUUUCAAGCCUGAGUCUGCCAACAAACACACUGCAGUUACUGCCUAUCACCAUGGGUGCCACCAAAGACAACGCAAUGAAGAUCUUCGAGAUUGUAACUUUAAGCCUUUCUUUACCUUCGUACCUCUGGGCCUCCUGAGAGCCCUGAGGCUAAGCUACCUAUGGGGAUUGGUAUUCAUGACCACAUUCUGUUGCUGAGAUAUCAGGGUCAAGCCAUUUAAACCCCUUUUUCCGCUCAACUCAAAUGAGAUGCAGGUCGAACAACAGUGUACAACCCUGCAUUGAGCCGACCACACAUAUAUAACAUGGGUCACUCCGAGGAAAAAAAAGGUCAACGGGGGACAAUUAAAUGAGUAAAAAUGAUGCAACACUGUCAAAAACACACCCUGAUUUAUUGCAGAGCACUGGGUUUGGUGUAAAUGCUCUGUGUUCCCGGGCCUUUGGUAAAAGGGGCAUUAGUGGCAUGGGAUCCAAUCCUACAACCUGUGUCUUAUCCAGGCCCGGUCUCUGCCACAGACCUACACCCUGAUAUGAACUCUAUGCAGCUCAGUUCCCAGACCUACCUUCUCUUUAUUAGCUAAAUCAUUUGGCUCCGAGGAGAAGUACUAUCUACCUAGACACUGUGUUCUUUCACUUUGUGUAUCUGACCAGCAAUUAGACCCAGCCCACUUUCCUAGUCCCAGUCUAAGCCUCAAGCAAAAGUUGGGUAUCAUGAACUGGUUCUGAACCAAGAAUUCUUUACAAAGCAUGCUCUUUGAUUCUGCUUGUUGAAUCCCCCCCCCAAAAAAAAGACGACUUAAAAGACACCGCUCCCAAAUCACAUAAUGCUAGCUUAGGACAUCUAAUCUGUAAAUGGCAAUAUUAUGACAGUGUAUUAGGGUAAUAAUAGAAAUGUGAUAAUUUCAAAAUUAAAGCUACAUGUGCCAUAUUUGCUCAAACAGUUACUAUAUCUUGACAGUAGUACGUAAGACAGAAAGUCUCCUAACACCCAGUCAGAGCCAGGUGGAGUCCCUAAUGCAGUGUCAGUUACAGCUCAUGCAAACGCUCAAAGCCAAAAACAGCGUACAUAACACAGACAAGAAGACAAAAGAGGACUUGUGAAAGUGAAAGCAAGCUUUUCACGCAUCGUCUUCUGUUUUCUUGUCUUUGUCGUGUACGUUGUUGUUGGCUUUGAGCGUUUGCACGAGCAACGAUUGACACUGCAUUAGGGACUCCACCUGGCUCUGAUUGGUUGUCGUCAUUCAGGUGCACUGGAUUCUAGCAAAUGCCAUUAGGAGCAGCAGGAGGAGCUAGAAAAACAUGUUUUAUCCCUCCAUUAUCCGUCUCAAGUACUACUGUCAGGACAUAGACAGUUUCAGUAAAUACGGCUUUAAAGUCGUAAAUUUACAAUUAAAAAAAUUAAAUAUAUAAUCUGAGGUUAAAAAGUCAUAAAUUUGUAAGAAAAAACUCAGAAAUUCUCUUAUUUAAAUUCACAAAAUCUCUAGUUAAUAAUAAAUAGAAACGACUGGACGUAAAUGGCUGAUUGCGGCUCAGAUUUGAAUAUAGUAAUACACAAGUUGCAUGAACAGCCAUGUGAUGUUUUAACAAAUGUAUUUUGUUUGUGUCUUGCAGUUCACUUGACUCUGGUGUUUCAAAGCAGGAACGCCUGGCUGUUCAACCUCGUUGCCUGUUUGUAUGUGACCGAGCAAAUAAUGCAUCGACACAUGUUUCAAUAGUGCCAAAAUAUCUGUUAGCUGAGCAGAAUAAUGUGAGUCUCAUGCUAAGCUAAUUGCUAUAGCAACCUGAAACCUGUCGGUGUCAUGGGGGGGGGUGUAACCAGCCAUAUAUACGCUCGAUAAAUAUCUUACACUAAUAAAUAUGUUCUUGGUCUUAAAAAAAAAAAAGGUGCUGUUGAUCCAACCCUGCAAAGUGCAAUGAUGUGGUUCAUUGCUGAAAAAUGUAAUUCACAAAUUUAUGACUUUAUGAUUUCAGAAUUUAAUAGAAUCAAUUUUUGACAAUAAUCUCAGAAAUUCUGAGUUUUUUUUCAUCAGAAUUUCAGGCUACCCUCCUCCCCCUACUCCGGGGUUAUCUUUUAAUACUUACAGCAGCCUGUGUUGUUGUACCGCAUAGACAGUAUUUCUUUUUUUAAAUCAUAAAACACUUAAUUAUAACGGAGAGUCAUCUUAAGAUAGGUGUUUUUCUUUCAGUUCAUUCUCAAAAACACCUGAGAAUUUGCAUUAAUAAGCAGAAUCAGAAUACAAAUGAUACCCAACUCUGCUGGAGCCUUCUCCACAUAUACAGACAGACACACCUCUACAAUCAUCUACCUGCCUCUCUGCCUGAAUCCAUCCCAUCUGAGUCACUAUGACAUCCUCACCUGCUCUGUUUGUUCAUUCUCACAACUGGUGCACAGCAGCAUUACUUCAGUUUGGGUCAAAAUUAAUGCAUUUUAUUUUAGUUCUUAUAAUUUGUCUUUUUUUUCUGUUAUGAGACAUUUUAGCUUUCUUCAGAUCUCCCCACGUUAUUUAAUCCAAAUCGACGGGAUACUUUACAAUAUCAGCUUUGUUUCUCAUUUAUUUUUUAUGUUCUUCUUACUCUACCUACAAGACUCUCAUUUUUUGUGUCUAGCUCACAGACACACUAAUAAACAUAUAUUGCAAUACAUGUAGUCUACUGUAAGUUGAAUAUUGUUAAGUUUUGUUUUUCCUUUUUUUGUCUAUUUUCUCUCCUUAAAUCUGAUUUAUCUAAACUUGUUCCUCUCACGCUUUCUCGGUCUCUAGCGCCAAGUGAUGACAGGGUUUUUCUUAUUGUGCAAUUAUUUCAUUAAGCUCGUUAUAGCCAGCAACAUAGCUCGCCUCAUCAUCAAACUGAUAGCUUGUACAAAUGAUCUGACUUACAUAUUGUAGGCUUACACACUUCACACGAUGUGACUUGGAAGUGGAGUGUACGUGUUAUUCUUCAUGAUUAGGACGAGGCCAGUUUUUCUUGUAAGUGUUGACACGGAGCGGCUGCCCAUAUUAGAAAGCUUUGAUACAGAAUAUUAUUAGUCGACCUAAUACACAAUGAACUAGGAGCCAGGUCAGAGUUCUUAUUUUCAACAUGUAGACUGUAGUUUUCACCCAACUGAUGUCAGUGAUCACAUCGACAGAAUGCGUUGUAUAAAAACAAGCUUUCCUCUCCUUUCCUGUACUCAAAGUAUUUUUCUUAUUCUCACUAUUUUUUUGAGGUAAUCGUCUUCGUGUGGUGACCACUUUAAGAGUAUGAAUUAUAGAGCUUUGUCACAUCUACGUUACGUAUUUAAAAAGACAAAACUAAUGUUGAAGAUAGUGUUUUUAGUGUUUAUGUGUUCUGGUACUUUGUCCUUAUCUACGCCUGUAGAUGCAGAUGGAUCAGAUCUCUCGCAGUGCUGUUUCCUCUCGUGCUGUUUCUGUGUUGUGGCAUUUUGUUCUGUUAUUUUUUUUCCUCCAGAGUUUUAUUCUUAAAUAUCCCUAAAAUAUCUAUUGAAUCUUUUGGCUGGGCAGUACUGUUUUUGUUCUUGCUUUAAAACUAAAAGAUAACAGGAAAAAAAAAAGAGUUCAGAUUAAAGAUGAAUAUCAGUUUCACUUUUCAGAUAUGUAGCAUUUUGAAUAUUGUAAAGAAGGUGAAGUUGCCACAUAAUUAAUCACAUAGUUUUCAAGUUGCAUAUAUAAAAGCAAUGGUGCUUUAUAGACCAUGUAUGUGUCAUUUUUAGAACCUGUAUUACAUCUCUUGGAUCCACUAACACUAUAUUUUGAUGUUCUCUGUUUUAUGUUGUGCUGAAAGUUUCUUUAAAGUUUCUUUUAAUCCGUAUAAAUGUGUCUUACGGUUGUCUCAUCACAUACUGAGUUUGCCCUUCAAGUGCACAGUGUGUUUCCUGCGACCCUGUAGAUGACUUCCUCUGAACUCUGGGGGCUGUUACUGAAUAAAACCCUAACUUGACAUUGGAUUUUAACACCUUAACUGUGUCUCUCAGCAUUUGUCAUUUAAAGGGAUAGUUCAGAUUUUUUCAAAUGGGGUUCUGUGGGGCGCUUAUCCAUAGUCAGUGUAUUACACACAGUAGAUAUCAGUUAGCACGCUCUUAGUUGUGCAGGGGCCUGCAACAAAACAUAUUAUAGCCACCUAAAAAGAAAAACAUCAAUGUCAGUUAAGUGUCCACUAUAUUGAGAGUGUUUUCACUGCUUGUUUCAACAGAGGUGCUGUCAACGGCUUCAGUUCCCCAUCUUUGCUCUGGUUAAAGCCACCAACCUCUUUGUGAGUCCAAACUAACCAUGUCAAAUGCCAAAUUCACACAAUAACACAUACAAGCUAACUGAUGGAGGCAGCAGUAGACCAGCAGCUCCUGUGUGCAGCGAUGUUAAAUCACAGUUUUUCUCAAUGGAGUCUGGCUUUGAAGACAGCUUCAUUACGGCUUCAUUUUCCAGUUGAAAAUCACUGUCUGACAUUAGGGUGAAGCAGUGAGAAUACUCUCAAGAAAGCAUACACUUAACCUGAUGCUGAUUAUUUAGAUGGAACUUUUUUGAGUGGCUAAACCCCUUCUACUGUUUGUAAUAUACUCUCUAUGGAAAAGUACCCCGUACAACCUCACUUCAACAAAUCUGAACUAUCCCUUUAACAACCAGCUGGCAGAGCCUGAUAUUAAUGUGAAACUACAGUAGAAGCUUUGCAUUUGUUGGGUCCACUUGCCUUUUGUAGUCAGUGUCACAGUUGGGAUGAUUUUCACAACAACCCCUCAGAGUCUGUAGCCAACAGCUCCUUCGUAGCCUCCUCUGAUCGAUCAUUUAGAUCCAGACAGAACAGCAGCCUAGUCAGGAAAUAUAAAAUAGAAACCUUUUAGAUUAAAGUAGAACCCACUGUAGACCCCCUGGUGAUGACGAGUCAAAAUUAUUAAAAGGUUUUUAAGGAUGUGGAUUUCCCAGCUCAUCACAUGACCUGACUGUCUGUCGAUGAAGCUGCUUGUAGGUGUUUUAGGUUUAGCUGAAAAAGAUCUGACUGGACAGUGAAAGUUCUCCUGUGCGGGUCAGAGGGGACAGCAGUGUCCCUCAGAGUUAGUGCCUUGCUUUUGCAGACGCACGAAGCAAAUUCGCCUGAGUUUUAGUUCGAUAAAUAGUGGCUCAACAUGCUGCAUGGCCUGCCUUAAAAACAUGUGCACAGAAGCUUUAAAAUUUGGCCAUUAGUUCCUACUCAGUUACUGAGAGCACAGGAAUGGAGUUCAUUGGAGCACAUGAUAAUUCAGAUGUUUCGAAGGGUGAGAACCAAAUCUGCUGUUUAAAUAAAUCCCAGUAUCAGAAGUGAAAGGAUGGUGCAAAGCUGUCUGGUAGCAAAAUUGGUAACCAAAAUGUUAUAAGUGAUGAUAAUACUGUCCAAAUGUAUGAAAAUAAAACCCAGAUUUUAAAGAGAUUAAAUGUUAACUACAAACAAACCAGCUAAGCAACCCAAUCAACAGAGAAAAAUGUUGGUUUUGUACGUUUCUGCACACCACUGGUAUGUUACAUUUGCUCAUUGUUACGUAGCAGAUCCGUUGAAACUUUACACUUCAACAGUGCUUUGUUAACAUGGCAAGGUGUAGGCACAAAAACAAUUGAUUAAGGUUAGGAAAAGAUCAUGUUCUGGCUUAAAACAACCAGUUUUGGUGCCACAAACCCCGCUGGAAACGACCACUUACUGUGCUUCUGUCCCGGCAGGAAAAGCAGCAAAUGUGACAUAUUCUUGAUUUGCAGAAAUGUACAAUGCCAACAUUUCCUCCUAGCGACAUUUCCUCUAGCGACUGAGCUGAGCAAAGCCACGAGGUUUAAUCAGACUGGAGAUUGUUACGAUCCUGAGAGAGGAUGUGGGCACAGAAACAGUUUGAACAGUUACAGAGAUGUGAAAAGACAAGAUGUUGAGUAGAGUGACAUUAAAAGGGAGAUACAUCCUGCUCAGCCUGCCCACUGACGCAUAUCUCUCAACUCCUCCAAUCAACAUCUUCCUCAUCUGUUUCUGCUGCCACUCCUCCUCUCUCUGCACUUUCUUUUAAGACUUGAAAACCAAAUUUUGUUUCCUCUCCUUAUAUGUGAGCGUUACUUGACACAAGAGGGCAUUUUUAACACUGCUAACAUUGGAAGUUCUUCCUGCACAUUGAGAUAUUCCUAUUUAAAUGAUUAUUUAUAGUAUUUAAAGACUUAAAAUUUAUUUUUGCUCUGUAUUUUAAUCAAUCAUAAAAAUCAAACUUAGAUUAGGUUUCCCAGAAAAGCACCUUAAAGCAUGUUCAAAGUUUUAAGUCAUUAUUAUUUUCAUUAUUUUUUUGGAGACCAAAGAGGUUUUAGGAUGACAAUAAAUGUUCUGAAACUUGCACAUGGAAGAAGAUCAGUACCUCAGAUGGACUUUUUAGCAACUGAUGAGAUUUGAACUAAACUGUGUUAAUGUAUGUGAACAGAGUUGGCCAGAUGGAAGUUGAUUUAAAUCAAUCUAGGCAGAGGUGAAGUCCCGCUCCCAUUUUACGAUAGCUUCUGCUGCAGAAGCUUCAGCCAGACAAUCUAAAGUUGAUUAAAAUGUGUAUCGCUAGUCAUUUUAACCACGACAAAACAUUUACUGUAUUUUUAGCAUUCACAAACAACACCUCUCUGAGUCUUAAAGCUUCUUAGGAGGUAUAGUUUUAUAUCUGAACAGAGGAACAGGCGUCAGCUAUUUAGAAAGACAGAAUAACUCGAAGAGAGACUGCUAUCCAAAAAUGGGCGGGGCUUCACUUCUCUAUUUAAACCUCAGAAGGCUUAUCACCAGUCCUAGUGCUCACACUGUGCUGCUUGAAGGGUUUCCCCCCCCAAAAAACAAAAAAUGGCAAAACACGUCGGAGUUAAUUCAUUCACUGCACUUCCUCUUUAAAGACAAUAUCAGCAUUUUUUCUUGUGUCUCGUGUGACAACAGGGUUUUUGUUUUUCCUUAUGGGAUCCAUGUUGAGCUACGUGUAUUCUGUUUUUGUCCAUGUCAUACAGUACAGUUAUAUUAGCUGAUUCUUCAUUUUUUUAAUAUGCUAAAAAAUUCAUAUUGAUCUUAUUAUUAUCAUAUAUUGUUAUCAUUGUUAUUACUAUAUGGGGAAUUUAACCCAAUAAGAAGUUUGUGUUUCUGCACUGAUAUCUUAUUAUUAAACCAUACUGAUCUUACCCUC